GGGUUUAUUUCGUUGAGAAUAUCUCUCUCUCUGAAACCAAAUUCGUCGGUGCCGUUGCAGUUUCAGUCGUACCUGAUCGCCGGCAAUAAUCUCGGCUCUGUUUUCUCGGUUCAGGUUGUCUCUAGCCACCUAAUGGGAAGCAAGGGUCGAAUCCCACCUCCUCAUCUGAGGAGACCUCCCCCUGGUCCUGGCAUGGUGCAUCCUGAACCAUUUGGUCCUGGCAUGGUGCAUCAUGACCCAUUUGGUCCUGGAAUACGGCCCACACCAGGUCCAUUUCCUCAUCUCGACAUUUUGCUACCCCCAGAAAUUAUGGAGCAAAAGCUCGCUGCACAACAUGUGGAGAUGCAGGGCCUAGCCACUGAGAACCAGCGGCUUGCUGCCUCUCAUGAGACGUUGAGACAAGAACUUGCUGCUGCGCAACAUGAGUUGCAAAUUUUGCAUGCCCAAAUUGGAGCAGUUAAGUCUGAGAGAGAGCAACAGAUGAGGAACCUAAAAGAUAAGAUUGCCAAGAUGGAAGCUGAUCUGAAAGCAGCAGAGCCUGUUAAGUUAGAGUUGCAGCAGGCACAUACUGAAGCUCAGAACUUGGUUUUAGCAAGGGAUGAACUUAUGUCUAAAAUUCACCAAUUGGGUCAGGAUCUUCAGAGGGUCCAUGUAGAUGUUCAACAAAUACCAGCCUUGAUGACAGAGCUUGAGAGCCUCAGACAGGAAUAUCACCAUUACAGGGCUACUUAUGAUUAUGACAAGAAGGUUUACAAUGAUCACCUCGAAUCACUUCAGGUGAUGGAGAAGAACUAUAUGACGAUGGUUAGGGAAGUGGAGAAGCUUCGAGCAGAGUUGACUAAUGCUUCUAUUGUGGCUGGAAACAAUGAGAAUGAGGCUUCUGCCCGUCCUAUGGGACAUGGUCCUUUUGAAGAUAGCUAUGGUGUUCACCAGGGGCAUGCUCCUCUCCCUGGUGUUGCAGCUGGUUUAAAUGCCACUGCUGGAACUGCUGCAUAUGUUGGAGCUCAGUCUGGGCCUGCUCCUACUCCUCCUACGAGGGCUGGCUAUGAGGCACCAAGAGGGCCUGCUUAUGAGCCAUCAAAAGCACCCAGUUAUGAUGCAGCAAGAGCACCAGGCUAUGACAGGGGACCCAGUUAUGAUGCUUCCAGGGGUGCUACUUAUGAUGUGCAAGCCAGAGCUGCUGCUUUGGUGCACAGACAAGUCCCACCUCUGAAUAAUAAUGUGCCUUAUGGAAUUGGAACAACUGUUCGUCCUGUGAGUGCAUAUGAGCCACCACCUAGAGGUGGAAACGUUGUUCGGAGAUGAAAAAUAGACAUUGCAAUGCUAUUACUCUCCCGCAAAACUCUCUCAAAGAUGUAGCUGGUCCCAUGCAGCACUCAAACAAGUAUGCUUCUAUCUUUGAGAGCGCUCUGCUUGGGCAAUGUUCAACUUCCAAGCGAUUUGGUGAUUUGUUUCUUGAUUUAUUAGUAACUUUUAGGCACUGAUAUCCAUUUUCCUUCGGGAAAUCUGAAGAAUUUGAAAGUCUUAAGAGUUUAGAGUUUGCUGUUGAAGGCUGGUGCCAUACACAAAUUGAGAAAUGAGAGAGAGAGAGAGAUGUCCAAACAUUUUAAUGUAAAAUUUCACAAAUUUAAAGCAUCGGGUUCAGGUCUAUGUGGAUGUUCACUCUGAGCAUGGUUGGGUUUCUUUCUUUCUUCUUCUUCUUCUUCUAUUUUCGGGGGAAGGGGAGAUAGAAAUAAAAUCUGCUUAACUAA